AUGUCAGAAGCAGCGCCGGCACAGUACAAGCAGAAGAGCCGAAAGGGCAAGAAGGCCUGGCGGAAGAAUGUCGACGUUACGCAAGUUUCUGCCGGCCUCGACGAAGUGCGGGACCAGAUUAUCGCAGGUGGUGUGAUCGCCGAAAAGCCGUCCGACGAACUCUUCGCAGUCGACACCGCCGGCGACGCCGCCGUCCAGAAAAAGGUCCAGUCGCGCCACAAGCCCCUCAAAGUCGACCAGAUCCUCGCCCAGCGCUCCGCCGUCCCCGCCGUCUCCUCCCGCAAACGCCUCUCCGACAUCGACAAUGAGGGCCAGAGGAAAAAGGCCAAGGUCUCCGGUAAAGAGUACGACAGGCUGCGCGCCAUCGCAUACGGCGGCGAGCAAGUCAAGAAGGAUGUCGUGCAGUCCGGCACCACCGCCGACUACGAUCCCUGGGCUGUGCAGAAAGUCAAGGAGGACCCGCAGUUUUCGUUCCUGGAGAAGAAGAAGCCCAAAGUUGAGCCCGUCACGCUGAAGCGCGCACCCGUCUCUCUCGCAAAGGACGGCAAGACGAUCCCCGCCGUCCGCAAACCCGCCGCUGGGAAAUCGUACAACCCCAACUUCGACGAGUGGCAGGCCCUGCUCAUCAAGGAGUCCGAGAAAGCUGUUGCAGACGAGAAGAAGCGCUUGCAGGAGGCGCAGGAGGAGGCCGAGCGCAUGGAGCGCGCCGCGGCGGACACAGAAUCCGACUCUGGCGAGGAAAGCGUGUGGGAAAGCGAAUGGGAGGGUUUCAGCGAAGAAGAGGGCAAGACAAAAGCGAAGCGGCCGGAGCGCAAGUCGGCGACACAGAGGAACAAGAUUAAGCGGAGAAAGGAAGCCGAGAGGCAAGCCAAGCACGAGGCGAAGAUGAAGGCGAAGGAGCAGCAAGUCCAGAUGAUCAAGGCGCUAGCCAAGAGCGUAGAAGAAAAGGAGAGGUCACGAGACGCGGCGAAGAGCAUGGCGCUCGCUAUCCAGGCCGAGGCGGAAGGCACACUGGACGUCGAAGACGGCGAGGAGCUGGAGCUUCGUAAGAAGCAGUUCGGCAAGAUUCCUAUCAUGGAAGCACCCCUCGAAGUCGUGCUCCCGGACGAACUCCGCGACUCGCUGCGCGCCCUCAAGCCCGAGGGCAACCUGCUAAAGGACCGCUUCAGGAGCAUGAUGCUGCGCGGCGUCGUCGAGCCGAGGCGACACAUUCCUUACGCCAAGCAAAAGAAGUACACUGUUUCGGAGAAGUGGAGUUACAAGGACUGGGAGCUGCCUGCGGCGAAAUAG